AUGUCAGGAAAGAAAAGUCUCCAGGGUGGAGCUGGCGCUAAAGAGCGACAGCAGAGCUGCAGAUCCGGGGGGGAUUUGCCGGCCAGUGAUCUUCACGUUCGAGGUUCUUCAACCGAUGUUCCGCGGAGGUCAAUCGCCAAAUCCAGCUUCUCCUUGCGGACUAGCGCCAAGCAACCAACCAGCCAUUACAUAAUCCACCGAGCUUCAGGCUUUUUCUGGCUUUUCAACCACCGCUCGGAUCGCGAAACCAAGCGACGGACUGCGCUCGAACCCACACAGGCUACGGGGUACGAGGACACUAUUAUCGCCCUGUCUAUGGGCUCCUUCGUUAGUUUGGACAGAUGGGGCACUGGCUUUCCUGCCUCACAAUGGUUCACUCUGAUGCGGAUCUGCCAUCGCUGGUGGAAAUGUAUGGACGCCUGGAUCGCCCGGGAUCCUGUUCCUGUCAUUCGUCCGGCAUGUCACCACCGGCGAUUCGCCCUGAACUCUCGAAGCGCAUCCUGCAGGGGGCCUGUUAAAAAUAGCGAUACCUCCAAUUGUGGUUUCAACUACUCCGUACUCCGUACGGAGUAG